AGACAGCCAGGGCUACGCAUCUCGUUUUACUCUGUCUCUCUUAUUCUUCACAAGCGACAGUACGUAGGUACGAUGACUCUCCUUUCUCGCCUUGUUUUGUUCGACAUACUUGGUUAAAGCGUUUUACGUACCAGCUACCUUAUCAUUAUUUUCCUUCUAUAGCGACAGUGGCAUUGGCAAGACAGCCGAUCAAAAAUGGGCGACUGGUGCUUGAUCGAAUCCGACCCCGCGGUUUUCACCGAAUUGGUGGAAAAGGUCGGCGUCAAGGGUGUCAAAUUCGAUGAAGUGUUCGACAUCGAUCUCGUCCCACGGGAAUCUUACGGUCUCAUUUUUCUCUUCAAGUGCAAAAAAGCAACAGAAAAAAGACAAGUCGUCGCCAAUCCGCCCCCCGGACUCUUUUUUGCGAAGCAGGUAAUAUCUUCUGAUUUAUUUUCUGUAUGUUUGAUGAAAGCAGGACCAGGAGCAGCCACAAGUGUGAGUAGCCCACAGAAGUACAGAUGAAACAGAAGCGAAAAAGCAGCCGGCUCCUGCCGAGAAUCUGGCAUUCCUCAAAUGCAUCCAUCCCGUUCCUUGAGGUAAUCACCAAUGCCUGUGCGACGCAGGCAAUCCUAUCGGUCCUGCUGAACGCACCAAAAAUAAAGGAGCUCGGGACUACACUUACGGACUUCAAGACAUUCACGGCCGCGUACUGAUUUUUUUUUCGCUUUGCAGCUUCACAAUAUGAGAACAAGGAGGUGGACGUAGGUAUCAACCCCGGCGGACCGACGCCAGGCGAUAUUUAUCAGCUGGGGACAGAGCAUAAAAAAACGUAGAAAGUGAAGCGAAGCUGCUGCAUAAACCUGUCAAGUUCGACUAACACAAAUCAGGUUCGAUCCGCAAAUGAAAGGGUUGGCAAUAUCAAACCAAGACGCCGUCCGGGAAGUGCACAAUAGUUUUUCGAGACAAAGCAGUUUCGAUUUCGUACACGACGAAAAGGACCCGAAAGAGGAUGCGUUCCAUUUCAUCGGGUAAAAUGCAUAGGCUCUGCAUUAUUUCGUGGAUAAAGUAGAGCUUAUUGUAAAUAAUAUGCUUGAUAGCGACAAUCUGUCACUGUCUCUAACUUCACCUGUAUAGCAACGAAGGUCGUGCGUUACGCACCUUCUCUCAUGCUUGAGUGGGUCACGCCCUCUCCUGCUUGAUGAUGGUGCAACCGCAUCGCAACCGUGAUUGUAGCAACUCCUUCUACUAGGUACGUGCCAUACAACGGAAAAGUCUACGAGCUGGACGGGCUUCAGGAAGGGCCAAUAGAAAUCGGACCAAUCAACGACGAGAACUGGAUAGAAACCGUCAAGCCAGAAAUCCGCUCGAGAAUGGAAAAGUACGAAAAUAUCGUUUAUCCACUUGGUCUUUCGUCUACUUUUUGUAAGUUGUUCGCAGCUUGUUUUCUCAUAACGGAUGCAAGCAACCAGCUGCGAUGAACUGCUGUAGCGUGUUUUUUUGCUACAACCCAAUGCCAAAAUGUCAAAAAAAAACGAUGUCCUCACAACUUUUACAGGUAUCAGAGCGAGGGUGAGGGGGAGAUACGCUUUAACCUGUUGUCUAUCGUCGAGGACGAGGCGUAUGAGGUCGAAAAGGAAAUCCUGAAGCUCCGACACCAGCGACAGCGGGCAAAUAUCAAAAUGGUAUCCUUUGGCGAAGACAUAUUCCUCGAGGACGAAGUAGACGAUGACGACGCACCCGACGGCGUCAUGACCUUUGAGGAACUGCCGGACGGUACUGCAACGCUUUUUCAAUGAUAGACGCGCUUUGCUGCUCUAGUAGUUUGGUGGAAAAUUUUGAUUCUCUUGUUUCUGGUCCUGUAACAGCAAACUGUAACGAAAGAAUUCCAUGGACGUUGGCUUUUUGAUGCAAAUCAAUUUCGGGUGGUCUUGCGCUUGCCCUUGACUGAUAUUCUGCAACAUUUACGAAAUCUGAAUUGGUCCAAAAAUUUUGAAAUGUUCCUCACAGACGUCGACGAGCUGAAAAAGUUAGCUACCGACGCAACGAGCAGCAUCAAGACCCUGGAAGAGAGCAUUGCCGACAGCACGAAGCGAAAGGAGCAAUACAGGAAGGAAAACUCAAGAAGGCGGCACGACUACGUACCCUUCAUCUUGUGUGCCCUGAAGCACCUGGCUAGAAAAGGCUCGUUGAUGAAUGCGUUCCAAAACGGGAAGGCAGAAGUUGAGGCACAGCUGGCGCGAGAAAAAGAACAGAAAGAAGCUGCCAAAAAUCAGGCAGCUGCCGCAGCGUGAAGAUGUUCAUACCUCGACUACGCUUGUCACACCCUCCUGACAUCGACUUUUUCAAUCAGCAACAGCUUUGAAGAUAGUGUGAUGCUGGUUCACAGCUUCGAGCUGAUUUUAUGGGUAUUGCACGCAUAUGAGAAGAAGAACAAACACAAAGCGAUACAUAGCCGGGACCAAUGAUAAGAAAUGUCAUUGAGGAG